CACACGGCUGCCCGAGAGAGACCGAGCUCUUUCAGUCCAGACCUGGCGGUUUGACUUUUUGACCAGAGAAUAGAACGCGUACACUGCGGAAAAUUUCGGGGGGAGGGAGGAGAAGCCGAUUCGUCGCGAUUUCCUGGAGAAGAAGUGGAGGCGUUGCUCUGGGGAGCAGCAGAGGAGGCGCCUUGUCUUUGGAUUAUUUCCCAGCUGGCUCCGAUCGAGGAGCUUCCUUAGCUACUGAAGUUAACCGGUAGCACAAUGAAGGCACCAUCGCUACUUGUUCAAUGUUUCCCUGGCUUGCUUCCAACCAAGGCCACUAGUUGUGUGCCGGUUGUAUCAGAGAGGGAUCUGCAUCUACCAUCACCAGCUGUUGAAAUAAUCCCAUCAAAGAGUGCUCAUCCUUACAAGUAUGCUGGAGAGAAGGUUGAUUUCCAAGGUCUUGAUAUCUUCAAGGGGAAGGUCAGUGUAGCAGAUAUGAUAGCCUUUCCCCCUUGUGAAGUAGCAUCAUCGAAGCAUGAUGGCACUCUCAAAUACUGGGAGAGUUCCAUUACUCUGGUCAACAUUCUUAAAAAUGAGAUCCGUGAUGGACAGUUGAGCUUCAGGGGCAAGCGAGUUCUAGAGCUUGGAUGUGGAUCUGGUUUGGCUGGGAUUUUUGCCUGCUUGAAGGGUGCAUCUGUAGUUCAUUUCCAGGACAUGAAUGCAGAGACCAUAAGAUGCCGAACAAUACCCAAUGUCCUUGCAAAUCUUGAGCAGGCACGGGACAGGCAGAACAGACCAUCAGAGAGCCCUGUUACACCAUCUCGGCAGCUAUUAGCUCCCGUUGUCCAUUUCUAUGCUGGGGAGUGGGAGGAGCUCCAUACAAUUCUCUCAGUUGUGCACCCACCUGCACUACCAACAAACCUUAGCUUCUCUGAGGAUGAUUUUAUGGAUGGCUGCAGUAGCCAUGAUGGAAGCAGUAUAGUUGGUCAAGAACACAGGCGAUCCAGGAAGCUUUCUGGCAGCCGUGCUUGGGAGAGGGCCAGCGAAACUGACCAAGCUGAUGGAGGAUAUGACGUAAUUUUGAUUUCUGAGGUCCCAUAUGCGACGAACUCUCUAAAGAAGCUCUAUGCCCUUAUCACCAAGUGCCUACGGCCACCUUAUGGAGUCCUGUAUGUGGCUUCAAAGAAGAACUUGGUUGGUUCCAACGGCAGCGUGAGGCAGCUUAAAGCCUUGAUGGAGGAGGAAGGUGUCCUUGGUGGCCACUUCUUAACUGAGUUGUGUGACCGGGAGAUAUGGAAGUUCUUUUUCAAGUAAAUCAGCAAAUCUAGAACUGAAAAAAAAAGCGGAGUUCUGUACACAAUUUUUUCGAUGUCUACCCGCAGCUCUGUACAUACCUCGAAGUUUAGUUCCAUUGAUUUUUUGGCAAUAGGUUCAGAAUAUGUUCCUCGGUUGUUAAAAUUGCAAAUGUGUUGGCAUUUUAACCCAUUUGUAGAUCUCCUAUCUCGUAACCUGUCAAGUACAGAAAUCAAUAGUGUUGAACUUUUGUAUAUCAAAUUUAUGGUGCUGGCAUUGUAGCAAAUGACAGCAUAAUAUCAGAAAUAUGUGAAAGAGAGAAUAGAAAGAGAAUGAUUGCCCACAA